AUGUUCCGAGCCCGGCGAUACCGGGUUCUCCUGGUAUUUGCGGCCAUCUUUGUUCUAGCUCUUGUUCAUUUCGCCGGUUCACGAGAACAAUCCUCUGCUAGUUGGCGUGCAUCGCCGCCCGCCGAUCGUCGACCGGGGGCCUCAGCCCCGAACCCACCCGCCGUUCCUGAGCAAGCCGCCCCUCAAUCUCCGGCCUCUCCUCCGUCCGCCCAUGACUACAACCCCGAGCGAUUUUCUACCGAAGAAUCCAAGGACACUUCACCUGAUGUGGCCGUAGAGGGUCCCCCCUCGAUCUCAGCCGAAUCCCCCCAGCCAUCCGAGGAGCCUGCCACCGAGAAGGACGGGGACAACCGGAAAACCACUGGACUUGGAGCUCCAGUCAAGGGCCAAGGCAAAUUGGGAGUCGAAACACCCGCCGCAACAUGGACACGCCCACAUUGGCAGAAGCUGCCCGAGCUCUUCCCGAUUCGGAGCGAGGACAUGAUCCAGUUGCCAUCAGGUCAGCCCAAGCCGAUCCCGAAGCUGCAGGCGGAUUUCAAAGACGAAACCUCGGCCGAUAAAAUGACACGCGUCGAACGCUUGUCGGAAAUCAAGGAGGUCUUUGAGCGCGCCUGGACUGGGUACAAGACCUCCGCCAUGGGACACGAUGAGAUCAAGCCUCUGCGGGGUGGAUUCCGAGAUCCGUUCAAUGGCUGGGGUGCUACGCUGGUGGAUUCAUUGGAUACUCUCUGGUUGAUGGAUCUGAAAGAGGAGUUCUCCAUAGCAGUCGACUAUGUCAAGACGAUUGACUUCACUACCACCUCCAAGAGGAACGAAAUUCCCCUCUUUGAAACUGUCAUUCGCUACCUGGGUGGGUUGAUUAGUGCUUACGAUGUUUCGGGUCACAAAUAUGAUGUCCUGUUGGCGAAAGCCGUGGAACUGGCCGAGAUUCUUAUGGGAGCCUUUGACACCCCCAACCGCAUGCCUUCGCUUAUGUACAAGUGGACCCCAUCUCACUUGACCAGACCCCAUCACGCCGAUAAGAAGGCCAUUCUAGCCGAACUCGGCUCGCUCUCAGUGGAAUUCACACGUCUGGCGCAGUUGACCAAAGAGAACAAAUAUUAUGAUGCUGUUGCGCGCAUUACCAACGAGUUAGAGAAGCUUCAAGAUCAGACCCAAUAUCCCGGCUUGUGGCCCGUGAAGUUGGACGCCUCGGGGUGCCGCAAGAACGCCAACGCCAACGCCAAUGCCAAUGCCAACGCCAAUAUCAAUGCCAAUACUAAGGAACUCACCAAAGCUCGCCUCGAGCAGGAGUAUGCGCGCGACCGGCUCCCUGUGACUACCACGAGUGCUCAUUCUUCCAAGCCGCAUCCUACCAAGCCGGCCCCGACCGAUGCGAAGAGCUACCAGGACUACUUCAAACCCCGCGAUGCGCGGUCUCUUCACGAAGAUGCUCAGCUUGCAGAGUACCCUGGAGCUGUGGCGCAAGGUCCCGGUGGCGCAGCUCUGAGCGCCCCCGAAGCGCAGUGCACCGGGGGUUUGGACACAGCCACCAUUGACAAAGAGAAGUACAGCCUUGGAGCUCUUGCCGACUCUACAUAUGAGUAUCUGCCCAAGGAGUAUAUGCUUUUGGGCGGUCUCAAUGAUCAGUACCGUUCCAUGUACGAGAAAGCUAUGAACACAAUCCGUCAACAUCUGGUCUUCCAGCCUAUGAUCAAGGGCGGCUGGGACGUCCGCUUUCUGAGCACAGCGAUCAUCCCCAAGAAUAAGCCAGGCCCCACGGUCAUGGAAUACAAAGGGGAUCACCUGUCAUGCUUUCUUGGUGGAAUGGUUGGCAUUGGAGCCAAACUCUUCGGCUUGGAAGGAGAUAUGGACCUGGCUAAGCAAUUGACUGACGGCUGUGUGUGGGCGUACCAAUCUACCAAGAGUGGUAUCAUGCCCGAAGAAUUCUCCCUGGUUCCGUGCAAAAAAGGCCAGCCUUGUGAAUGGGACGAGUCGACCUAUCACACUGCUUUGGAUCCUGACAUGCUGGAGCGUUUUGCCAAGGCGCAGGAGCGGAAAGAGCAGAAGGAGAAGGAGGAGGCAGCGGCUGCAAUGCAAGCCGAGGCUGAGGUAGCUGACUUGAAGAAAAAGAAGACUCUACUGGGGAAGCGCGAGCGCGGUAACUGGCACGUCAUUGGUUUGGAAGACGAGGCCACACCGAAGAAGCCGGAACCCGAGCAACCUCCUGAAGAGGAAGAAGAGAAGGUGCCCUCGCACGAGGAGUACGUGGCGACACGUAUCAGUAAUGAGCGCCUUCCUCCCGGGGUGACGAAGCUCAUCAAUCGCAAGUAUUUGCUGCGACCUGAGGCUAUCGAGUCGGUAUUCAUCAUGUACCGUCUGACUGGCGACGAGUCGUGGCGGAAGAAGGGUUGGGAGAUGUUUCAAGCCGUCUCGAAGUACACUCGGACGGAGUUCGCCAACUCAGCAAUCGACGACGUCACCGUCACAACUCCCGAGAUGUUGGACGAGAUGCAGUCAUUCUGGCUCGCGGAGACGCUGAAGUACUUCUACCUUCUUUUCAGUGAUCCGACCGUCGUCAGCCUUGACGACUAUGUACUUGCUCCCUUUCCUGGCUGGAGCAGCGCCUUAUCCGACUCCCUCGCUGCGGGCGCAAGACGGGAUGAGUGCAGGGACACGCCACGCCCGACGAGGACGACUGAGCUGUGGGAAAUGGAGUUUGAGGUCACCCUGGAGAACGAGCAGCAAUUCUGGGACGAAAUCCAAGAGAUCGUUUCCGUCCCUUGCUCCUCGGAAGAUCAUAUCGACAAUGCGCUUCGAUCGUAUUUGAGCCUGGCUACGAAGCGAUCGUCCGAAACGAACGCAUGCAGUCCAGCUGACGCAGGACAACCGACAGAUGAAUACCUUCAGGGCGAGUUGGAUGUUACCCGGUGCUUGUACAAGCUCCUGGCAUCCAGCAUCUUUGCAUCGCAUGCGGACUAUGUUCGACGACAGAUGAUCUAUUGUUUGUUGCAGGACGAUGACCCGGCUACACUUCAUCUCAUUGCCUCGCUCUUGCUUUUCGACGGUCGCCAACAUGAAGAGGCAUUUCGGAUGAUGAACGAGGAGGGUUCGUUUCCGCGGUUGCUGGAACUGCUGCAGGUCCGCAACCGUUCGGCGGAUGAGAGCAUGCCGGCGGGCCUGCAUCGGCUUCUCAUGGACUUGAUGUAUGAGAUGUCGCGGAUACAGCGGGUGAAAAUCGAGGAUCUGGUUCUUGUGGACGACGAUUUUGUUCGCGGUCUCUUUGACAUCAUCGAGGAUCUCUCGUACGAUGUCAACGACCCUUAUCAUUAUCCAGUCAUUCGCGUUCUGGUGAGUGUCGCGUCCAAGGUGGAAAGCAAAUCGCUAAUGACUCUCGGGCAGCUGGUUCUGAACGAGCAAUUCAUGAUCUCGGCGCACGAUCCCGUUGACGAGCAGUCACCCAUGAAUUUCCUGACCAACAAAGUCAUCAAGGUUUUGUCCAUGUACGGAAACUUGUACAAGACCUUUGGUGAGAAUAUAAUCCUCCUAAUCAAUCGAGAAGGCGAAACGUCCCUCCAGCUCCUGACGCUUAAGCUUCUAUACCUGAUCUUCACCACUCCGAGCACCUACGAAUACUUCUACACGAACGAUCUGCAUGUCCUGGUUGACAUUUUGAUCCGAAACUUGCUGGACCUGCCGGAAGAGUCGUCCGCCCUUCGACACACCUACCUCCGGGUUCUUUAUCCGUUGCUCGCUCAUACGCAGCUGAGACUGCCGCCUUACUAUAAACGUGACGACAUCAAGCGGAUGCUCAGUAUCUUGGUCAAUGGUCAACUCUUCCAUAGCGAGGCGGACCAAGAGAGAAUCAUGCAUUUUAACGAGGCAGAUGAAACAACUAGAAGACUGGUUCUCCGAUGCGCAGCCGUCGACUGGAUCCGCGAGAAAGAGUCGACGGAGGUUCAGAAGGCUGCGGUGCCACCCCUCAAAACCUCCGAUGGCAAUGACGAGUCGCCUGAGGGCGAGUUUGGUGCACCGCUGGAGCUGUCCCAGACACUCUCCCCGACGAGUACCGUGGAUAGCUCGUCGGAGAAUCUGUCUCCAACCCGUGCCGAUGAUGAGGCUGGCACGGGCUCUGCUAAGCUGAAUGCGCAUCGCAAGCUCAGUCAGGCGCAGAGAUUGGGGAUGCACCUCGAGCCGGCCUCGUCAUCGUCGCUUAGUGUGCAGGAGGUGGCAUCGCAGCACGAGAAACCGGGCGUGAUCACGCCGAGCCGAAACAAUGCUCACUUGGACAGUCCUUUCAGUCCGUCGGCGAACAGGGGGAAAAUCAAACCGCUUCCCCCGAAUCCUCGGCGCUGGAGAGGCCGUCCUAGGGCGGAAGAUGAUGAGCACGUGGACAGAAUUCCGGAGGACCGGGAAAUUCAAACUACGAGUCCGCUACCCCCGCCUGUCGCCAGCGGAGCGGGCGAUCGGCGGAAUUCCACCAGCACAUCAAGCCUAGCAGUGCCAAUUCCUCGGGCCCCGCGUCGGUCCGCCUCCAACCCCCCGCCGGCGGUCCCUCCGCCGCGACGGUCGACCCAUGCCACUGUCCCCGGCAUGGCCACUCUCUCGGUUUCCAGCCACUGCACACCGCUCACCAGUCCCUCGCGAGUCGUUCCCCAGCUCCAUCAUAAUAGUGUGAGCGCUCUGGGGGGUGGGAGCAGCUUGGUCAGUAUGGUUUCCAAUUCCAAACAUGGGCAUAAACCCGAACCUCCCCGAGCCCGUCGCUCGGGACGGGAAAGACUCACUCCAGGGGAUUCCUCGCAUCGACCAGAGUCCCCUGCCGAGCAUGAAGGCUCGACUCAUUUGAGCGAGGGGUAUGCGUGCGAUGAGCAGGAACAAGCUGUCGGGCCGCCCACAUCCUUAGGGAUCAAGUCCGGUGGUCCGGUCAGUGUCGAGGAGGCGGUGCAGAACAUGUCUGUUGGGGAGUGA